AUGGAAGCAGAAAACCACACAGGUGUGUUAGAAUUCCUCCUCCUGGGUCUCUCAGAUGAUCCUGAACAGCAGCUGCUAUAUUUUGGGCUUUUCCUGUAUGUAUACCUGGUCACAGUGCUUGGGAACCUGCUCAUCAUCCUGGCUGUCAGCUCUGACCCCCACCUCCACACCCCCAUGUACUUCUUCCUCUCCAACCUGUCCCUCACUGACAUCUGCUUCAUCUCCACCUCAGUCCCCAAGUUGCUGGUGAACAUCCAGGCACAGAACAAGGACAUCUCCUACACAGAGUGCCUGACUCAGGUCUAUUUUUUAAAUACAUUUGCUGGAAUGGAAAAUUUCUUACUGACUGUGAUGGCCUAUGACCGCUUUGUGGCCAUCUGCCACCCCCUGAACUACACAGUCAUCAUGAACCCCAGGCUCUGUGUCCUCCUGGUGCUGCUCUCUUGGCUCAUCAUGUUCUGGGUCUCCCUGAUUCAUGUUCUGCUGUUGAAUCGACUGACCUUCUCCACUGGCACUGAAAUCCCACAUUUCUUCUGUGAACUGGCUCAGCUUCUUACAGUGACCACCUCGGAUACCCUUAUGAAUAACAUCUUUAUGUAUGUGGUGGCUGCCCUGCUGUGUGUACUUCCCAUGGUGGGGAUUCUCUACUCUUACUGUCGUAUCGUCUCCUCCUUAGUGAGGAUGCCCUCCCUUGCUGGCAAGUAUAAAGCAUUCUCCACCUGUGGGUCUCACCUCUGCGUGGUCUCCUUGUUCUAUGGGACAGGAUUUGGGGCUUACCUCAGUUCUGCGGUGAUCCAUUCUUCCCAGAGAAGCAUGAUCGCCUCCGUGAUGUACACUGUGGUCACCCCCAUGCUGAACCCCUUCAUCUACAGCCUGAGGAACAAGGAUGUGAAGGGGGCUCUGGGGAGGAUGCUCAGCAGAGGAGCUUCUUGUCUGUGA